AGAUACAGACGCUAAAAAUAUCCAAUCAGCAUGCGUUAAUAUGAGUACCGCCAAGCCCAAACUUGCAAAGUUCAACACGCUCCUGCUAGUGCAAGUCGAACCAGAGGUAAGCAUCUUCUGGAGCUAUCCUCGAUGGUGUAUACGUGGAGGCUAAAGAGGCAUCGUUAAAAUACUUAUUUUCGGCUGAAGACCUAUGCCGCCAGGCUACUGUGACAACCAACUUUCCUAAUUACAAUCCUAAUUCAGAGCCUCGUAACGUAUGCUUUGUAUUUUAGACAUCUUCAAGUGAGUAACAUCUUACUAAUUCAGUUGUUUUCGGACAGUGUUUAAAAAAAAAAAGAGUGCCGAUGGUUUGUGUCUUAAGACUUGAAGUUGAGCCCAUCCAAAACUACCAGAGAAUCAGCUCAUUACGAGCCGGAUUUGUGCCAAAGCGUCAUAUAUAAUAACGAUAAAAAAAAAAGCGCAACCGUUUUAACAGGAUGUUCAGACCCAAAAACAUUGUAAAAUCUACGUUAAAGACCAUAUUUUUUCGCACCGUCCUUUUGACUUUCAAAAGAUUCAUGGACAUGGAUGGUGGAAUAGUUUUACUAACACCGAAGCGUAUUACUAGUAUUUACAAAACAUGAUAUAUCGUAUUAUUGUAGGCUAAAAUAAGGCAGAACAGUCAUUGGGCCUUCACCAUGAAAAUGCAUCGGCUAUUGCUUAUAGUAUCCUCAUACAUGGACGUGAUGUUUGUAUUGCUUCAACCGUGAGCGUAGCAUGGUCAAACAUCUGUUACUUUUUCUAUUUACAAAGCCUAAGAUACGCCUGAAAAUAAUAAAACGUUUUAAAAUGGCCAGGGAAGCCCAACAAAAACGAGACGUAGAACUAAGAUCCUCAUAUUUCGACGACUGUUUUAAGGGCUGGAAAAGUAGGGGAUACAAAUGCAUUGAAUCUGGCGGGGAUCAUUUCGAAAGGGGCAUCUAGGAUUUCCGGUGAUUGAAGUGUGUGUGUAGUUGAUAUGGGAAUAAACUUUGCUCAUUUUUUUUUUUAGAAAUAAGAGGCUGAAACUUUGUCGAUACCUUUCAGCGUACUUUUCAGACGGCGAAUUUUAAGCAGGAGAUAUAUACACUGCUAGAUGGCACAUCACUAAAAAAGGAGUAUUGAUAUCGCGCCAGCGAACGAGUAAUCAAACGUGGGCAGGACCAGCCCAACAGAAUUUCACUGGCGUAAAUAUGUUCUUUGGAAAUGUGUUCGAUUUUGUUUAGAAGCAUUCACAAAUGCCCUCUAUAGUUUACAAGGGAUUUACGUUUAGGGAAUUACAGCACAUCUAGACAAUAGUUUCCACCGUUACAAAUGUGUGCGCGUAAUAUAUGCUUACCACUUGUAUAUAGUUACAUCUUGUGGUAUAAAGAGUCAGCCCGUUACCGAAAAACAGUGACAGGUCUCACGUUUAUGUGAUUUCGAAACAUCCAAAGGGAGCGCUUAGUUAGCCUUAUUGCCAGUUAGUAGACGUACCAAUAGGACACUACCUGUAGUGAAACACAGUUGUGUGUGUGCAAACGUCAUGCUACUUAGUCUAAUUUCAGAAUCAUCACACUAUAGUCAAACAAUAUACAAAUACACUUCUAGCAUCGAAACGUUAUGGUGUCCAUAGAUUUCUUCAACCCCUCUACAGGUUGUCUGGUAUGUACAGUGCAUAGUAGAUUUCAGAGGCACAAAAAAGCUGUCACGGAGUAGGGAAUACUUAGCAGAUGAUAGCAUUGGUUAUGAUUUGCUUGACAUAGGUAAAAAGAUAUCUGUUCACCCUCAUAGUCUUCCCGGCAAAUGCUCCCACGGCAGAUGUUUACAUCAUGCUUGUUUCAUUCCAACUGUCAGUUCAUCAUUGGUGAGGAUCGGAAAGUUUGCCACUGAAGUAGAAAGUGAUUGUGUACGGAUUAGGCUGUGGCGACUAGCGGGUAUCAUCUCUCCAAUGUCGCCUUAAGGCGUAAUCGUUUGGCCUCAAGCAGACAAAUACGCUAGCGCAUUCUAUAAGAGAUCUGUUCGUGGCCCGUCACCUUCAUUGCAAUUAAAUCUCAUUUCUCCGUUCACAGCACAACAAAACGGAGGGGUUAUUCCUUGCUUCUCUUGGAUGGUUGCGCAAUCGAACGGCACCGAGAGGAAUCUGCGUUCGUAUGGAUGCCGACAUCCACAUGAAUAGCCUAUUGGGACGAAGCAAAGAGCCACUUUUAACAUCAGUUGUUGCUGCUGCUGGCGUUUUUGUAGCAGAAUGACUUGCAAACGAUAGCCUUUUCACUGCUCACGCUCCCGUAAAGUACCGUCGCUCCAAGCUGAAAGCGAAAAGUCUGCAUACGUUGGGAUACUGCGUCGGCUUGUACUAAAAUGCCCUUUUAUUGUUUUUUUUCAAUGAUAAUGAACACAGCGCGAGCAGAAGCUGAUGAAGAAAGAAGAGGAGUGCAUCAUCACUGCUGCCGGCAUCAUCAUCAUCAUCAUCGGAAACAGUAUACAGCGGCAGCCGUAGUAGUGGUAACGAGGUUGUGACAAGUGUACUGCUUUUGAUGACCGCUUCUUCCGGUUGGACUAAGGAGCCGCACGUCCCAGCGGAUGUGGAAGCGCUCCCAUCGCCGCUCUCACCGGCUGCAGUGCUGAAUCCUCGUCCGUUGCAAUACUCUUCACAGCUAUCAUUAUUAUCAACACUGCGACCCAACUUGUCACCAGUAGACAUUAACGAAAGUGGCCCUGGACUAUUGUCAGCUUCAUCAGCCCGUCUCGACAUCGACGGCGACGAGAGAUCAACGGGCAGCAGCAGUUACAGAGUUAACCAAACUAGUAUCUCGUCGUCUUUUUCGGUGUCAGUAUCGUCCGAUCAUUUAUCGGAAUUCUCUUGCGAGUCGCUGUCAGCGGGUGGCUUGUCGAACAAGGAAGCUUCCGCCUCAAAACCCAUGGGGUCCAGCUCGUGUUGCCGUCCUCCUAACGCUUAUGAAAAGGUCCUGUCAUUGGGCUGUCCUUCUUGUAUACCUUGCGGAAGGUCCUCGUCCGAUGCGAGUCUCGCCGUACUGCUACAAGUAGCGCAGCGCUCUCGUCGCUGCUCAGGGCCACUCGACAAGGGGGGGAAGGCGAGUGGCAGCUCCGAUACCUUUUCGUCGAGUUCGGAGCGACCCCGUUCUACGUUUGGAGCGUCUGCGUUCUACAAUCCUUUUGAACUCGAGCAGCGUCAGCGACACAUCGAAGGCACCUUCAGGGAUUUUCAAAUCCAGUCGAAGUCGGCACGCCAUAACAUCGAACUUAACCUGCCAACGCAUGUGAGGUUACGGCCUGGCGAAGGUCCCCCACCUUCUCAUGGGCCAUGGAGCGAACGUAGACGUCCUCCUAACUACUUGGAUAACUGUGUCCGACCACCGCCCAACCGAAGUCCUUUUACUCCGUCUGCGUCGUCAUGUUGGAAAGCAACAGCCACUUUGAAAAUAGCCCCAACAUCCCAGGGUAGUCAUGUGUCGAUGCCCGGAAAGAAUGGAGGUUAUAGUACGAAUGACAACAAUAGUCACAGUCACACUAAUAACAAUAAUCAACGCAGUAAUGCAGACCGAACCCAAGUCACCUCUAGCGGACGAAAGAUGCUUUGACACAAGGCUUUAAGUCGAUGGAUUCAAUUCGUAUAACCAGUACUAGCUCUAUACGGUUUUGUCGUAGAGGCGAUAACGCGGUGGCAUAGUAAUUAAUACAAGUUAGGUUACGAAUAGCAACAAAUUUCACUCUUUGGAUUACUGAGCGAGUAUUUUAGCCAAUGGGAAAGAAUAGCACAAAAGACUCAGAUCAAAAGAAGACACAUGGCAUCAAAAAUAGGACGAUGGCAACUACAGAACACGAUUCGAUUAUAUUAACGAAACAAUGAAGCUGUAAAAGAGACACAUGCUUUCCUCAAUGCAUAGCGUUCGAAUGUAAUCAUGAUGACCAACGUGGACAGUGAACGCGUAGCAGUGAGUCACCGUCACCCCAUCGAUCGAGUGAGGGUGGAAGCACUUCCGCACGACUGCGCUGUCACAGACAGCGAUAGACGGAUUACUUAAGAGCAUUGGAACGAUUAUAAUAAUAAUGACUAUGAUGAUCUAUGAUGGGGACGGUGACGGUGACGUAAAAGAAGACAACGGAAAAUGAUAAAACAAGGAAGAGCAAUUAGCUUCCACAGCUCUGGCGGUCACGUUCUCACCUAUUUUUGUUUCCGGAUAGCUAAACAGAAGCGGCUCACGGUACGUGCGUAUUACCACUACAUAUGAUCCCGUCGAACUAAUUUUUUUUGGGUUUACUCCCUCGGUAGAGCAGGUCCCAAGUCGUUGAAAAAUGUAUGGCUUGUAGCUGUUCAGUGUGAGCUUGCCCUGAAAUACAAGAAAAAAAUAGCUCAUGCAUCAAACUGGGGACUACUUAGAACGGAUGAACACAUAGAUACGUACGAGUGGUCAAAUAAACGCCAGACGCGACCAAAUUCUCUGUACUUGAUAUAACGGCUAGUAAUGAUCGCCACGUAAAUUAACGAGAGACUCCACUAGCUGCGCUAGUGAAGCUAACAGUCUCUGUUUUGAAAACAAUAAAAAGAAUCACAGUGGGGCUCGGGAAAUUAACGGAUCAAGGGCAGGGUAAGAAGAUUACUUGUAUUAUAAUAAUAGUGAUGUUGCGGUGAUGUACACGAUAACAAGCUAAAGGAGCUUGCUUCGCCGCAGAAUCGCGGUGAACAAACAGCAUGAUUGCCACGCUUUCGGAUUCGAAACGUUUUUGUCUACCUUAACAGAGGAAGAGGUGGUCUGCGGUAAGUUGGCAACGAGAGCUGCUGCUGCUGUGGGAAAUAGUCAAUGCAAUUUUCAGAAAGAGUCAACCACUCGCGCGGAGUCGCUCGAAGGAAAAAAAAAGUAGAAGGGAAAAGAAAUGAUUGUAAGAGAUAAGAAACGCCAUCGACAAAGCACCUGCUACGGUUCCAUGGCGAUCAAUGCUACUUGUGUUGAUUACAAUGGAAACAGGAGUAUUAGGUAAAGCAGCUAGCAUAUGAUAUGUCUGACGACGCCGCCAGAACUAGGUAAGAAUAGGUAAGUUAAGUUUCGGUCAUCUAAUUGCUGCGACCCCGUCGGGACUCUUUAUGGCAGUUGGCCCAGAGAGUGGAGCAGAAAGAAGGGGCCGCGAAGAAAAUUAAAUAGGAGAGAUAAUACAAUUAAUCGAAAGAACUGGAAAUCCUAUGAGGAUUGUAACAUUGCAAAUGCUUACAAACAGGGAACUUACGUAAGGUUUUAACGCUACGACCGAAGCUAUAAACGCAAAAAUCACACGUUAUUAUCAACAUUAACUAGUUACUAGUACCAAUGAUGCUGUUACUUUGCUCGACACUUUGUUUGACAAAAGAAUUAAAUGAGACGAGGUAAUAAUUUGACCUAAUUAUUAAGGCGAAUAGCUGUGCUAAAUGAAGAGCCCAGAUCACUUGUAUAAUAUGGUUUUUUCGAUACAUAUAGUUUAACACUCAUGUAUCCUUAAUCAUAACAGGAAGCUGCUGAGUAUUAUAUGCCAAGCGGUCACUGAUACACAGAUAACGAAUGAGUGGAAUAACGACAAUAGUCCAUAUGCACAUAAAAGAUAAACAAACAGCAACGGUUUGUAGCAUCUAUAACGUCUAGCUCACUUGCGGCAAUACUUCUAUGCAGACUCUUGCAGGAAACGGCAACAGUAACUUGAGGAAUGGUGAUUGUGUGCAUUUAUACCUCUCUCUCUCUCUCUCUCUCUCUCUCUCUCUCUCUCUCUCUCUCUCGUGAGCUACUUGUAUGUGACGGUGAUAGUGAUGAUUAUCACGUUGAAAUAACUGUUUCAAUGAGAGCCUCACGUGCCUCCUAGGAUGCAUCACGCAGUCCCCGCUCGCUUCCCUUUACACGACCUCAAGACCAUUAAAAAUAAUAGCUCAUAGCAACCGCAAUAAGUAGCGACUAUUAUCUUGAUUCUGAGUUCGGUGAUAAUAUCAAUGAUGGCAACUAUGAUGAUGGAUUAUUAUGUACAGGAAGCUCACACCGACGUAAUUAUAACUAUAACCGUAAGUCCGUUGUCGUAUUACUUCCUGUAAGUAUAAUAAUCAAUCGAACGUCCCAGUUAUUUAUUAUCUAAUAAGAGCAUCUAUGCGAAUGGUGUUAUAACCUUGAUAGAAAGCGAUUACAAUAUGUAAUGAUUUUGCCUAUCCCAAAAAAGUUCUUAAUCUGCUUCACAGUCGACGGAAGCAGACUGAAGUCGAUUCUAUACCGAAUAAAUAACCGAUCUAAUAAUUCAACACGACCUCAGGAACGAAGUAAUGGUGCACUGUGCCGUGUUCCAGUGUAGACAACUAGAGGAAAAAAAAAACAAAAAUUAAAUUUGAAGGUGUCGAGUCUUUGGGAAGACCGUCUCGGCGGGUUCAACAACCGCAGUCUUUAGAAGAGUUUCAGUGCACGUGGCCAUAUUCGGGCACUGGGUGCCGAGCCAAUGUUCUGGAUACGUUGGCUUUUUUUUUACAGAUUGAGUGUACAUUUUGAUAGCGUUUCCUUUAUAAAUGGCAAAUCAUUGAAGCAGAAAAGCAGCAAAACAGAACGAGGUGUGACAAUGUAGCAGAAAUUAAAGCGCAACACUAAGCAUUACUACUGUUAUUACAUUAAAAAAAAUUAGAGCUAAACGAUGAUAAUAAUAAUAAAUGUUAGAUUAGACAUCCGAAAACAGACAAUAUACGAAGGCAUAUAACCUUCUAGUAUGUAAACUUCCAAUGUAAAUAAUAUCAAUAAUAAUGAAAUGACAAUACACACCAGGGAAUAAAAAAAUUCGAGCGCCAA